AUGGCAUCGGGAGUGGCAGAACUUGAGGAAGUGAGGCUGUCGCCCCGCUUCGUUGCAAAGCUCGUGGAAGGCACCGGACAAGGCCUUCUCGUGCGCGCCGUCGAGGAGACUCGUCGCCGGGCGUUUUUUAUUUGGCAAGAACAUCCAUGGAUGUCCGAGCGAGAGAACUGGCUCGCUGCAGAACAGAGCCUUCUGCGUCCAGUGCAGAGUGAUGCUUUGAAGUUUGAGGCCGCGACACAGACCCACUGGGAAGAGGAAGGGCAGGACAACUUGAAGGAAGCUUCGCAUGGAGCCCCAAUCGUAGCUGCUUUCGCUGAAUCGGUGUCGCUGGCUGGAUGCGUUUCGGUCACAUCUGGCCAAAUCUCCAGAAGUGACCGAGUCGGGAGUGUCGAGAUGAGCGAGGAGUUGAUGGGGUGGGCAUCCGACAGUUUGGAAUGUCCAAGAGCUUCGGUGACACCGGGACGCCCCGAGACAGGUUUCGAUCUAGCGAUCGCAGGUUUCACGCGCGACUUGCAAUCAUUUGGAAAGGGCUUCUCUGCCCAUACCUCACGAACGGAAAAUACGGAAAGAGUGUCAGUGUCAAAGGCCUUUUCUGGAAUGGCUUGCGUGCCUGCACCGUGCAGGGAAGAGAAGACUGCAGUUCAAGGCCGUUUCCAUGUCGUCGCUGAUUUUGCUGACCGUCUCGAAGUUCCUGCAUCCGAAGAGUUAUGCCCGGCAGUGGCGAGGAUGUGCAGGAUGCAACAGCCUCGCCAAGAAGACUUCAUGGCAUCUCCAUGUUGGAAGGCCUUGCAGGGUGACUCGAAGACGGUGCUGUGGGGCCUUCCCCAGCGACUGGAGAACUCCGUACCAAGUGCAGAAGAUCAACACACAGACACGGGCUAUCAAACCGAGCGGGUAAGGCGCAGCACUUGUGUACCUAGAUUGGCAUUGGACAGAGCCCAUGCCAAGAGCUCGACAUCAGAUGGAGGACAAGGAUCUGCACGGUCAGACACGCAAUCUGGACUCGGCAUGCGGCGUUGGCCUGGCUCCAACGUGGAAGUUCCACCUCUCCCGGCGCCUCCUGAGAAUCACCCAUUGCUGACUCCUCGAACUGGCGCUGGUCGGGUCCGACCCGUGAAGGUGCCGAAAUUGGCCUUGGCACCCCAGAAAUCCUGGCCACGCGGACUCCAAGCACGCAAUGUGGGACAGGAAUUCCUGAUCAGUACGCCGCAUCUGCCGGGAGAAGUCCAAGGCCGAGAGGGUGCGCAGAUCCGAGGACCUCAAGCUGUUCCCCGGUCCGGCUCCAGAAGUCUGAGCCCCAGCCCCAGCAGUUUCUCCGACGGAAGCCUGGACUCCGUGGACAUCUCCGACUGGGAGCGCGUGGCUUCGUUGCAGACUACGGCUUCAGGAGUCCAAGAGGCUGAUUUGACUCGGCGAAGCGGGCGGUUUAGUUCCGAACGCAGCGGCAGUGCGCGUAGUGACUUCAGCGUUUGUGGACUGUAUGGCUGCGGCGACAAGGCUGAAUCGCAGGUGCUCCGGAAGGUGAUCCGAGAUCUAGAAGAGCGAUUGCAGGCACAGUCCCAGGAGCUUGAAGCCCUGAAGGCCAAGAUCGGGACAGCCCUAGCGACGCAGACCGUGGGCGCCCCAUUGUGA